UACAGGGAAAGCGUUCCGAUCGAGGCCCGGGGCUGAGCGCACUUCCGGUCCUCCCUGUGGGCUAACGCGGAGCGCGCCCUAAAAAGGACGGGGCGCGCUUUUCUGGGGGCGGGGAACGUCCCUUUUCCGCCCGCGCCCCCGGCCCAGCCCCAGGCCCAGCUCCAGGCUGACUCGGCCGGUCCAGGUUUAAAGCUCCCUUCUCGCCGGUAGCCAGUGAGCUCCCGAUCUUGCUUGAAUUAUGGGAAUUGAUUGCCUGAAAAUGAAUAUGGGGAAACACGGCUAAAAAUAUUAUCCUCAGAAGAGCUGCAGGAAGAUGGAUUCAUCCAGGAAUUAGAGGGAUGAAGACUCUUUAAUGAGGUUACACGUGAUAAUGUCCUCCGGUGGAGAGGAUCCAGAUCGGGAGAAAGAACAAGAGACCAGGCCUCAAAGCAGAGAUGGUCCGGUCGUGUCUGCCUUUAAACAGGCAAAACUGGAAAAGGAGGCCCAGAAGAACUGGGACCUGUUUUAUAAGAGAAAUAGUACCAAUUUCUUCAGAGAUAGACACUGGACCACCAGAGAGUUUGAGGAACUGAGAUCAUGUAAGGAGUUUGAAGAUCAGAAGUUGACUAUCCUUGAAGCUGGCUGUGGGGUUGGAAACUGUUUAUUCCCUCUUCUAGAAGAAGAUCUAAAUAUCUUUGCUUACGCCUGUGACUUCUCACCCCGGGCCGUCGAGUACGUUAAGCAAAACCCUCUGUAUGACGCUGAGCGGUGUAAGGCGUUCCAUUGUGAUCUCACCCAAGAUGAUCUUCUGGAACACAUCCCAGCAGCCUCUGUCGAUGUCGUCACCUUGAUAUUUGUGCUUUCUGCUGUUCACCCCGACAAGAUGCACCUGGUCUUGCAAAAUGUUUACAGGGUAUUAAAGCCAGGUAAAUGUGUCUUGUUUCGAGACUAUGGGCUGAAUGAUCAUGCGAUGCUGCGGUUUAAGACUGGCAGCAAGCUAGGAGAAAACUUUUACGUUAGACAAGAUGGGACCAGGGCCUAUUUCUUCACUGACGUAUUCCUGGCUCAGCUCUUCCGGGCAACAGGAUAUGAAGAAGUGGUCAGUGAGUAUGUCCUUCGAGAAACCGUGAAUAAGAAAGAAGGCUUGUGUGUACCAAGAGUUUUUCUUCAGAGCAAAUUUCGGAAGCCUCUAAGGACACCAUGAUUCUCAAUACCAUGAUCAUAAGUCUCAACUCUUCACAGAAUAAAAUAAUUUGGGGCAGAGGUACUCUGUUAAAAAUGAGUACUUUUGUCACAAUUUAGGAAUUCACUUAUUCAGAGGAUCCAUUAUCUCAAAUGGAGAACGGUGUGCGCACAGACUAUCUAUACCUUCUCAUUCUUCAUCGUUCUUGUCUCUGUCUUCCCCAAACCCUUUACAGAGGGUCCCUACCACAUGCCAAAGGGCUUCCUCUGAGUCAGGCUUCUGACCCUGUGUCUGUGAACUUUUAUCAAUAACGUUUCAAUAACUGUAUUUCAAUACAAUUGGUCUCCUUUGUAAUCCUUUGUAUCUUAUUUUGUGCAUUUAAAAACAUGAUUCUGAGAAUAGGUGCUUAGGUUUCAACAGACUCCCGUGGGGGUCCGAGACACGGACAGAGGUUUAGGACCCCCUACUGCAGGUCUUUUGAACAUUCCAUGGGAGCCCAUGAGGGUUUGUUGACCCUCACACUCUAUCAUAUCAUGUGGUUGGCCCACCUUCUUGUUCAGGCACGUUCUGGGGGAUGCCUUCCAUGCUUAAUGGGUGGCAACCUGAGACAGAAAAGUUACAUUACAACGUUAUGGCCUUGUGCCCACUUGGGUCGCCCUCCACGUCUUUUCUCAUAAGUUGAUACCGCUCAAGGGUGGGGGUGGGGGAGAAUCAUUAAGUGAUCAGGGUGUUUAACCCUUGAGAACGUAGUAGUACCACGAGGUCUGUGUGCCAACAGGAGACACCAGGGCUGGCCUGGAAGCCAUGGAAUACAAAGAAAUGGGGCUUUGUCCCACUUCCCAAGUCCACAAAGAAAGGAAGUCACAUACCCCAAUUUUGUUUCAGAAAAUAUGGUCAGAAGGCAUACACACGGUGAGGGAAAUAGCAGCAGGCUUGGCCCACAACCUCCGAGAGCUCUUAGACAUUUUGGUAUUUUGUGUGGUGCUGCUGCUAAGUAGCUUAUCCUCACCUUUGGUAACUUGACUUGCAAGGAUGGACUGUUAGAAGAGACGGGUGUCAGGGAAGGGGAUCCCAUCACAUCUUAAUUUGACCCCAAACGUGGACCUCCCCAGCAGAGGAGGGGAUUGUCGCUGGAGAAAGGACUUGGCGGAAGGCUGUGCGUGAAGGAGCGGGCCUCAGCAUCUCCAUAUGAAUAACAAUUGUUGUAUUCUUCAGAGUCAGCUUCAGGCUCCCAAAUCCUGUCUGUCACUCUGCACUACGAUGCUUAUUUCUGGGCAUUACUUUAAAACAAGCCAAGAGAAAGGUAGAGGUUCUUUAUAUUUUUGUUGAAAAUAAGGGAGAUUUUUAAUAAAUAUAUUUCAGAAUCUU